CGGAAAUCACAGUGACUGCACGAGUGACUUCGCAACUAGAUAUCUUAUAAUCAUCUGGCAAGCAAGCUAUUUAGUUUUGACAUCAGUAUAUGUGGUGCAGCACGCUGAACACUGUUAAACUAUGGGAAGGACUAUUUUAAUUUACUCCAUUCUGCUGUGCAUUACAACUGAGAGCAGCCAUGGAUGCAACUGUGACCGUUAUCCAUGGAGCUCAUGGUCCAGCUGUUCAAAAACUUGCAAUUCUGGAACACAGAGCAGGCGUAGGCAACUAAAUAUGGAUGAGUAUUAUAGAAAAAACUUUUGUGACCAACUAUGUACAAAGGAGGAAUCUCGGGCAUGUAACCAGCAGGCAUGUCCUAUCAACUGCCAGAUUGGAGACUUUGGACCUUGGUCAGAAUGUGACCCAUGUGUUAAAAAACAAUUUCGGACAAGGUCUCUGCUACGCCCAUCUCAGUUUGGGGGCCAGCCCUGUACCAAGCAGUUGGUGGAUUCCCGGAGAUGCUUCCCAACUAAACUUUGCAACAUUGAGGAAGUUGACUGCAGAAACAAGUUCCAGUGUGAAAAUGGUCGCUGCAUUGUCAAAAGUCUAGAAUGCAAUGGAGAAAAUGAUUGCGGUGACAACUCAGAUGAAAGGAACUGUAGGCGGAUAAAGACUGUGUGCAACAGGAGAUCCGAGAGCAUCCCCAGCGCGCAGUUAAUGGGCAAUGGAUAUAACCUUUUGGCAGGAGAAAGCUGUGGAGAAGUCCUUGGUAACUCAUUCUAUGGGGGCAAAUGUACUACAGUAAAAAGCAAUGACACCAGGAAAUUAUUCCGCGUUCCUGCAAAUAUUGAGACUGUCAGCUUUCAGGUGGAAAAUGAAGAAGAUGAUGUAAAAUCAGAUUUCUACAAUGAUUUAAUUCCUCUGAACUCUGAGUCUGCUUCAAGUAGUUCAUCCUCUUCAUCUGGUAGAAGCUCUUCUGGGAUCCCAUUUCUUUUCUCAAAAAAGAAAAAAGUAAAAGUCACAUCAUCUUCCUCCUUCAGAGAAGCUAUUGAAGCAUCCUAUAAAAAGAAUUCUAACUUUAUUAGGGUCCAUAAAGUGAUUGCAGUUUCAAACUUCACAAUGAAGGAGUCAGAUCUACAGCUCUCUGAUGUCUUUCUAAAGGCACUUAACAGUCUGCCUCUAGAGUAUAACUAUGCUUUAUAUAGCAGAAUCUUUGAUGACUUUGGAACUCAUUACUAUGCUUCUGGAUCGAUGGGUGGCACAUAUGACCUUCUUUAUCAAUACAGCUCUGAGGAAUUGAAGAACUCAGGUUUGACAACACAACAAUCAAAUGAAUGUGUUCGGACAGAAACAACUAGGCGCGUGUUUUUCAGAAAGAAAAAGAAAGUACAUACUACCUGCACCACAAAUCGACUGACUGAACGCCAUGAAGGUUCCAUGUUGCAAUCAGCUGAACGGUCUAUUUCACUAGUGAAAGGUGGCAGGACAGAAUAUGCUGCAGCUCUAGCUUGGGAGAAAAAGGGGUCUUUUCCAGAACAUGUUGUAUUCACAAACUGGCUAGAAUCAACAAAGGACAAUCCUGUUGUGGUUGAUUUUGAGUUGUCUCCCAUCCUGGACUUGGUAAAAAACUUUCCAUGUGCUGUUACUAAACGCAGCAACCUCUGGAGAGCCCUAAUUGAAUACAUGGACAGAUUUGACCCUUGUAAAUGUGCUCCCUGUCCCAAUAAUGGCAAACCUGUGUUAUCUGGAACAGAGUGUCUUUGUGUGUGUCAAGCUGGAACCUAUGGGAAUAACUGUGAGAAACGAGCACCAGAUUACACAUCAGUUGCAGUAGAUGGCCACUGGAGUUGCUGGUCAGCAUGGAGCCCAUGUGAUGGGUCUUUCAAGAGAAGAAGGACCCGUAUGUGUAACAACCCAUCACCAAUGAAUGGAGGAAAGCCUUGUGAGGGUGAACAUGAGCAAGAGGAGGACUGUUAUGUUUCAUUGUUUGUGGACAAAGGGGCUCCUUGUAUAAAUGAUGAUGAAGCAAGGAAGGAAGUGGAUGUUUUCAUUGGUGAACCUGAAUCUGGAUGUUCUAAGCCAAUCCCACCAGAAAAUGGAUUUAUCAGGAAUGAAAAAAAUUAUUAUGCUGUGGGAGAAGAAGCUGAGAUUGCCUGCAUGACUGGAUAUGAUCUCAUUGGGUAUCAGUUCCUUAGGUGUCUACCAGAUCAAACCUGGAUCCAGCAGCCCAUUGAGUGCCAACCAUUACUCUGCUCUAAGCCAUCAAUGUCCAAUGUUGUUGCAAUCUCCCCAUUUAAACACGAAUACAACAUUGGUGAAACCAUCCAGCUAAGAUGCCCAGCUGGCUUUGUUGUCACUGGACAAGCAUAUUACACUUGUGGGAAAGACCUGUCUUGGAUCCCUCCUAUUUUGAGAACACUUACCUGUGAAAAAGAUGAGCAAACUAAAGCUAGAGGUAAUUGUAGCCCAGGACAAAAACAAGUUGGAUCUCAAUGUGUUUGCAUGUCACCCUCAGAGGAUUGUGGCCACUACUCAGAAGAUGUCUGUGUACUAGAUGCAGUUUCAGAACGUUCCUUGAUGAAGCCCAGCUGUCAGUAUUUAGCUGAAAAAUGCCUCAAAGAGCAACCACUCCAUUUCUUGCAUUCUGGCCCAUGCCGUACUGACACUAACUUAAAAUGGCCUAUUGAGAGGACAAAACUUUCUGCAAGUAGCUCAAAGAAAGUGGCCUGUGGAUAUGACACGUGCUAUGACUGGGAAACAUGUUCAGGGUCACAGUGCUUCUGCCUGAUGCCAAACCAGUGUCCAGAGGCUCAGGACCAGCUUUAUUGUGUCCAAAUGGAAUCUACGGGUAGAAAGAGGACCUUCGGUCUGUGUGCGCUGGGAGCAAUGAAGUGUGCUGAAAUGAGAAUAGAAGUAUUGCAUCCAGGAAAGUGUUUGGGCUAACAGAAAGAUACCCAACCUCCUGGGCCAAGGACUAGGCAGCCAUUCCAGAUGAAAGGCUGACUAAUUCAAGAAGGCCAAAUAAAUAAAAACCUAAUAAGGGCACGGGUGGGAGGGAACGCAUCUGGAGCAUUUUGAAUAAGUGUUGCAGAGGUUCUCAGGGAAAUGAGCCCUCCAUCUCCCACACGCUGCUACUCUCAAUAUUACCUUUGUCCCUGUCUCCGUCUUCCAGCCAUGCAAGCAUGCUGGGGCUGCUGAAAAUAUUGGAAUCCCCCCAGAGUCUGAAAUAGUUCCCACAGUUGGCUCUUGAGAGGGGAAUGGUGGAAGAGGGGUGGCAACUAUCUUGUUCUCUGGUUAAAAAAUACUUUGAGUUUUGAAGCUCAUUCCUGUCCUUAACAGCUAUGUAUAAGCCAGGGAGAAGAAUGGCAGCUAGUGAACAGUUCUGUCUCUUUUUUUUUCUCUAAUGUAGAAGGAUUCUGUGAGAUGAAGAUAUAUAUAUCUUCAUAUCAUAUAUAUAUGUAUGAGUCAGCUCCCAAAAUUACAAUAUUUAAAAAAAUAUCGGGGCUUCUUUUGUUAGCUCUCUGCCUUCUCAAGGCUUUAUAGGAUUCACAUAUCCAAGGCUGUUGGAUAUUUCUUGCUGUUUUUACAGCCAUUCAAGUAGAUACUGUAUUCAAAGCAAGCAAGCAAUAAUUCCAAUAAUCCCUUGGCCCCAUGAACUGAGUCUUAUAAAUAUAACAGCAAACAACACAAGGCUUGUGAUAAAACUGCAAGAAUUGUCAAAUCCAAUAAAUCCUUACUCUCAUAAUUGGCAAUUGGGUUGGGCAAAGCCCCAAACUUCCUCCAGCAGCAAGGACAUGCUCUAGUAGUUACUGAGACUUCACCAGUUUCACAUGUGUAUCCCAGAAGAUAUUAACCCAGUAGAGCAGGGCAGCAGCAGAAUCUCUGAGAGUCAGUAACCACUGAAGCACUGAGCCAGCAUUGACUGAAACAAAAUCGGGGUAAGGAGGUCAUUAUGCUAAAUGGUGCAAAAGUAUGCUUUAUGUUUCAAAUGUAUUAUGAAGACAAUUAAAAUAAAAAAUUAAGUAUCUUA